AUGCCAUACUACGGCCCCGGAAUGCCCUGGUACGGCCGUGGGGCGGGCAACAUCCAAGCCGCGCAGCAAGGACAGGCGCGCAUGGCCGAAGAUCUCGAAGCGAAUCAUCAGCCCGUCAGACCCUCCUUGACUCGAAGUCUGACCUGCCCAACGUGCCAGAAAUGCGAGGACCCUUCGCACGAGCGAUACUACUUCGCGGGUGGACGAGGCGGCGCGGCGAGCUACACUGCUGCUCCGGCCCAUCACUUCCAGCAGCUCGAUUCCGCUGCGGAGGCUUCGUUCAAAAGCAUUCGGAAUGGCACGUGCGAGGCGACUGCGAAGACUCAGGGGCGAGGUGGGCUGGGGAAUUAUGCUGCGGGUCUGGUUGAGAGGGAGGAGGAUGCGAAGCGGAAGGGUCGCAAAUUGGACUCGCAGCGUGAGAGGUUGCGGCUGGAUGUUGAGAAGGGGGUUGAUGAUGCGUUGGCUAUGCCGGCCAGGGCGAAGCUGCCUCUCAGCAGUCCGAAAGAUGUCAGCGCCCCGGGUGCCAGGUGA